GCAACCCAGAACCAAUGAGAGGAGCAGGGAUUUUCUCCGAUGCCUGAAGAGCGUUUUUCUCCAGAUACGCUUUCUCAGAAUGACCACUUCAGUUGCACACAAGACUCUACAUGUAGCACCUGUGGUGGGGCAGUUCUUACCUCAUCCGGUCAGCGUCACUGUGAGUCAGAACGGGUGUGAUCAAGGCCCAGCUGUGAGCUCUGAGUUUAGCCUGACGGAAAUAACUGAGGUGGAGUACUCUCAUCUUCAGCACAUCCUUCACGCCCAGAUGGAGGCGCAGACUGCAGAGCAGGAGGAGCUGGUGGAAAUCAUCCCAUGCAGAAAAGAGGAGUUAAAUCAGCCAAGUUACACUGAGAGCAGCCUUACUAGCUACCCCAAGAGGGAAAACAACAGCACAUCCUGCUCACCCCCAUCCACCCCAGCUGUGUGCCAGCCUGUCGCAUCGUCUAUAUUAGAUAUAGAUGAGCCAUACACCUUCUCUGACUCUAACCAUCCAGAAACAGAGAACGUUCAGGAAAUUAAAAUGAUUGUCACUGAUGGGGAAAUGACACCAACGUGCUGUGUGGAGGUGCCAAACUCUGUGCUAGCAAAGGUGAAAUAUGCCAAGGAUCGCAGUGUGGACUCUUCUGACCGCAGAGCAGUACCUCCACUACAUCUCAGACCCAACCCACCUGCACGUGUGUGCCUAGAGAAGAGGUUCAAUUGCAGCCCUGGCGACAAAAACAGACAGCAGGAGUCACAGGCAGCAGUUCUGAAUACAUUUUUGUCGAUGCUUCAACAUUCUACGGACACGCAAGGCAUCGCACUGCUUUCACAGUCAGAAAACUGGCCCAAAACAGAUAAGAUGGCUGCAGUAGAGUGUACCUUUCCGGGGACUUUCUUAAAUACUCAUGUUCAGGGUCUUAAUCACCUAUUGGAGGGCAGCAAACAUCCUGAGGAAAUCCUUCCCAAGAACUUCACCUUCAGUUACAGACCAGACAAAACAACUGACGUUUUGUUGAGGGCUCCAUACAUCAUCCAUACCGACAAAGCUGAGGAGCAAAGGGGCACCAAACUGGAAAGUGAAGCAGAGGAGAAAUCUGAUCCUCCAGCUAAGCGUUCCAGGAAGUGUGUACCAAGGGCUCUGCAGGUGCAGGCCCCCAAUAUCAUCCAUGGUCCGGGAAACUGGAAGAAAGGCUGUGUGGUGCCAGGCUUUAAGCAUGGUAAAACAGCAGGAUCUCCUCUAGAGAUCAAGCAACAAAGGGAGAGACACAACAGCAAGGAAAGAGACCGCAGGAGAAGAAUCCGUUUGUGCUGUGAUGAGCUGAAUCUGUUGGUGCCCUUCUGCACUGCUGAAACUGACAAAGCCACAACCCUGCAGUGGACUACAGCCUUUCUCAAAUAUAUCAGAGAGCUCCAUGGAGACUCCCUCAAACAGGACUUUGAGAACGCAUUCUGUGGUGAGACUGGAGUUCGGCUCAAGCCCAGCAGUGCUACAACAGUGAGGGACGUUGCUGAGAGCAAGAUUUAGUCUCAGCUCAGUUCGGCACAGUAAUGACUUUUGCUCAAAUUAGCACAAAUUUAACAUAGGUCAGAUUUAAGAUAUUAUGUGGGACUUUUUGCAACCACAUAGUGACCCCUUAUUUAUUGACGAUAGUCCGUUGAUUCUUAAUUUAAUUGCAAUAUUAGUAAUUUUUUUUUGUAAACAAUUAGGGAAUGUCCAUGAAGACAUCACCUGAACCCUGUAUUUUUAAGAGUUCUAAUAACAAAAACUUUUGUCCCUAUUUCUAUUUCUGUUUAAGAAUGACCACUUUUCUA